GGACCAUCCAUAUGUAUGUUCAAUCAUGAAUGCGCUCAAAGAAAUGGUCAUGUUGUUGGCGCUUGCAUGGAUGGAUUCUUGUUUGGCGCAUGUUGUCAAUUACCAGCAACAACUGUUGAAGGGGAUGAAAUGACAAUACCUGCACAGUCAGAUGUUGUAAUCGCACAAGAUAAUACAAUCAACGAAUCAACAAAACAAGCCAUGAAACCAAUAAUCCAAAAUUCUGAUUUGGAGUUAUCCACAAAUCAACCCCAAACGGUAUUAGAAAUAGCUUCAGAGAAUACAGUUGUUCAAAUCCCACAAGAAGAAAACGUAUCAUUCCAACCAUCAACUCUUGUCACAAACGCGUAUCCAAAUUCAGCGGAAACUGUACUAAUUCAUACAAAUGGUAGUGAAAUAAACAAUUAUAUUAGCAGCGAAGAUUUUACAACAAUGAAACUCAACAAUACAAGCACAAGUCGUAUUGUUGAGUCUAGUACAAAACCAUUUUAUUACCAUUCCUCCAUAAAUUAUUUAACAGCUCGACCUAGUACAUCACAACGACCCAUCACGUCACAUCGACCCAGCAGUACAACGGAUAAAUAUAUUUUGGUACCGACCAUCACAAAAUUCCCAACAUCGCAAGAGACUGUUCGACCUUCGUUAAAGAAUGUCACCGCUCCAGAAAUCGAAUCAAUUGCGAAUAUCAUACAAAUGUUAGAUGAUAAUUCACCAAAUCGUAUUAUCACGUCCGAAUCGAAAACUCCAUCGCCGUCUUCUUCAACAGCAUCGACUGUUGUAUAUUCUAACACACCCAUAUUUAGUAGUACAAAUAAAUUACCUUCGACGUCUUACGUUUAUAGUACCACAAUUCCACCACGUCCCGGUUAUACAACUUCUGGAUUAACAACAUCGAAAAAACCUACAACAAGCUACUUAUUUAGUCCAACAAAACGUCCCUUAACAACCACCACGAAAAAGGGAUCAAGUAAAAAACCAACAAAAAAUCCACCAUACGAACACUAUUCUACCAAUAGUGCACAAUCAUAUAUACCAAGUUCAAGUCCUCCACCAACCGUAAUCGUACUUGGACCAAUAUCAGAAACAUCAUCUUCAACGGUUCCUUAUAAUAAAAUCACUGUGUCGUCAACUCCACGUCCAAAACCUGUAUCUCAAGUUACAAUUAAUAAUAUGAUACAAUCAAGUAAUACAGUACAUAUCGGUGGUCAUAGACCUGAAACAUCUUCAGAAAACCCAUCUCCAACUGUUUUAAUUACGCCAAAACCUUCUAGUGCGUCAACGGCUUCGUCUUAUUGGACAACAAAUAAGCAACCAUUAACAACAGUUAUUGUAAAACGACCUGGUUCUGACGAUGGUUAUGAAUAUUUAACGACCUCAAGUUUAGCUUCUUCAACCGCCGAUGAUUUAAUAAAUUUCCCACCUGUACGUAAUCCAAAUUUAAAUAUGUCCGCUUCAACAACUAGUGGUGAAUUUAAUGAGGGCAAUUUUGAAAUAACAACUCCAGCUUUUGUCGAAGAUGAUGAAUUAAACGAUAAAGUUGAAACAUUUGUCAAUAAAAUCAUACAAAGUUUACAAGGACCGUUUGAUGAUUUACGAACUGUUAUUUAUAGUAACAAAACAAGUUCCUCAACUAAGAAACCGCCAACGAAGAAACCAUCUUCGAGUACAACAAAAAAACCGAUAAAAAAUCAAACUACACGAAAACCAGCUGUAACUACAAAAAAACCUAAUUCACCAACGAAAAAACCAACAACUACGAAAAAACCAACAACACAAAAAUUAACAACCCGUCGUCCGACAACUGUUACCACUACAAAACGUACUAAGCCACCGGUGCGCAAAACUACCACAACUACUACAUCUACAACUAGUGCACCAUCUUCAUCGAGUGAAGAAACUUAUGAAGAAAGUGAUGAAUAUUAUGAAGAUAAUCAAGUUUGUGGUGUUCGUCCAUUAAUGCGAAGUGGAAGGAUUGUGGGUGGAAAAGGAGCAACAUUUGGUGAAUGGCCAUGGCAGGUAUUAGUGAAAGAAUCAACAUGGCUUGGAUUAUUUACAAAAAAUAAAUGCGGAGGUGUUUUAAUAUCCAGUAAAUAUGUGAUUACAGCGGCACAUUGUCAACCUGGAUUUUUAGCAAGUUUGGUAGCAGUAUUUGGUGAAUUUGAUAUAAGUGGUGAAUUGGAAAGUAAACGGUCUGUCAGUCGUCCUGUCAAGCGAGUUAUUGUACAUCGUCAAUAUAACGCAGCAACAUUUGAAAAUGAUUUAGCAUUAUUGGAAUUGGAUACACCUAUAACAUUUGAUACACAUAUUGUACCGAUAUGUUUACCACCAGAUGAUGAAGAUUUUACAGGGCGAAUGGCAACUGUAACCGGUUGGGGUCGUUUAAAAUAUGGCGGUGGUGUUCCAUCCGUUUUACAAGAGGUACAAGUUCCAAUUAUGGAGAAUAGUGUAUGCCAAGAAAUGUUUCGUACAGCUGGUCAUUCAAAAGUUAUUAUUGAAUCAUUUUUAUGUGCUGGCUAUGCGAACGGACAAAAAGAUUCAUGUGAGGGUGACUCAGGUGGUCCAUUAACAUUACAACGUAGUGACGGACGUUGGGAAUUGGCUGGAACUGUAUCACAUGGUAUCAAAUGUGCUGCACCAUAUUUACCUGGUGUUUACAUGCGUACAACAUAUUUUAAACCAUGGUUAACAUCCAUCACUGGUGUACAUUGA